AUGUCUGUUUGUCAAUAUUAUUUACGCGGUAAUUGUCGAUACGGAAAUCGAUGUCGAUUGCCACAUGUAAAUAUCGAAGAGUCACACGCAUUUAAUCCACAUGGUGCAUCACAUCGUUUUCGUCCUCCUCGUCCAACAUUCAAUCCAAACUAUAAUUAUAGAGCACCAUCUUUCGGUCAUAUAAAUCAUAAUGUCGAAAAUACAUUUGCAUCUCAACAACAGAAUUCGAAAAAGACUCAAAUUAUAACAUGGAUCAGUGAAAAUUUUGCAAAUAAAGAAAAAGCACUAGAUAUCUUAGGUGAAUUGCGAGCAGAAGCCAGAGUAUGGCAAAAAUCAAUUGAUUUUUGGCGAUUUACAUCAAGAUCAUUAUUUCCUGGUGGACAACCGUUAGAAGGUUGGUAUGAUCAAUCAUUUGAAGAAAUUAAAUGGGCAUAUCGAUGGAUGACAAAUCAAAAUCAACAACAUAUCUAUAAAAAAACUUAUUCAGAAUAUUGGGAAAAUACUGAACGUCAACUUCUUGGAUUAGUGAAUCUUGAUCUUGAUACACUUAAAUUAUUUAAACCAUUUAUUGAUCAAUAUAUAGCAAGUAAUCAUCAACCAUCGAAAAUAUUUGCAACAGAUAUUGAAAUGACAGAUAUUAAUGAUAAUAAAAUUUCGAAUGUUAUUUCUCAAACACAAACAACAAAAACAACACAUUAUACUCCACAUGAUCUACUUCUUGAUGAAGAACGUGCUGCUUAUGAAAGCGAUACAUUUGAAUUUGGACAAAUACCUAUUCAUGCUCCUCCACAACAAUUUUAUCUUAUCGUGUAUUUUUCUUUUGCAGCAACACUUUUUUUACUCAGUAAAGCUUGCCAUGGUGAUUUUAAAGAUGGAAUUAAUCCAAAUGUAAGUUACAUUCCUAAUGAGCCUGAUCUACUUGAAUUUUUAUUCACUAAUCCAAAUGAUAAUGAAAUGAUUGAUCGUCUUCUUGGUUGUGCUUAUGGACAAGCUCUUGGAGAUGCUUAUGGUCUAUCGACUGAAUUUGAAACACGUGAAAAAAUUCGACGUAAUUAUCCAGAUACUUCAAAAUUAAUUCCAUUUCCUAACUAUAUUACUACUGCACACUCUAGUCGAUGGAAACGAGGUGAUUGGACUGAUGAUACUGAUCAAUGGAUAUUAAUUCUAGAAACAUUAAUUGAAGACAAUGGUAAUGAAAAAAUAUUUGCUAAGAAAUUAAAGAGAUGGAUUGAACAUGGUUUUAUAGAAUUAGAUGAUUUUGCUGGAAUGGGAUUAGGAGCUAAUGUACAGAAAGUAGUUUACAGUGAUGGAUAUCUUAAUGAUCCACUCAGGAUAAGUGAAAUGGUAUGGAAACAAAAUAAUUGUCAAGCAGCACCAAAUGGAGCUGUAAUGCGAUGUUCGGCAUCAGCUUUUGUUCAUUAUAAUGAUUUAGAAAAGGUUAAAUCAACAACUAUAUUAAUGUGUAAAACUACACAUUUUGAUCCUCGAUGUAUUGCGUCAUGUUUAGCUAUUUGUUUGACUAUUGCUCAUCUUAUAAAAAAGAAAUUUCAUGAUAAUGAAAUUGAACAACUUAUUAAAUAUGUUCAAGAUGAAACAAUUCAUAUACUUGAUAAUAAUCUUUCAUCAGAACAUUGUAAAUUAUUUUUAUGGUAUACAGAUCAAUCUCGUACUUUAGAAGAAUUAGAAUUAGAUAAACCGAAUAGUAUUGGUUUUACAUAUAAAUGUUUAGCAUCAGGUUUUUAUGGUUUAAGAUCGAAAUAUUCAUUUGAAGAAACACUUAAUAAUUUAAUUCGAUGUGGAGGUGAUGCAGAUACUAAUGGAGCUGUUUGUGGUACUAUGUAUGGAGCAAGAUAUGGUUAUAAAACAUUACCUAUUAAAUGGUUAAAAGCUAUGCCAUAUAAAAAAUGGUUUGAUCAAAAAAUACUUAAAUGUCUUGAACGAAUGAAUUUAAUUCACACUUAA